AUGUCCGCCCUGGAGGUUCCCGAGACCGGGGUGUCUCUCCGGAGAGACAACCACAGCAACGACGCCGCCGCCAAACCACCUCAAAUAAUGCGCUUGAAUCUCGCGCAGAGCACCCUCGACGAACUUAUUCAGAGCCUUCGCAACGAUCAAACAGCUCGGCUUCGCCUCGGAAAACAUCCGUCCCUCCACUACGGCACCAAAUCCCAUUCGUUCCACUCCCGUCUCGAAACGCACCGAUCCGAGCUCUACACUAGCAAUGCCACUGAUAAAGAGAACCUAUACUUCUCGGGUGUUUUGAGUCAUAGCUUGGAGGUUCAGAAGGCCAAGGAGGCUACCGCCGCCACAGAUCAGGCAUUGGCCAACCUCGAGCAAAGCUUGAAUGCCUUCGAAAGGGGAAAGGGCAAAACACACUUCAUCAAUGCUGGUGAUGAUGUACGAGCUCUCCGGGCGGGGGACGGUCGGUCGAGCACCGGCAAACAGGCCGCCCGUCUGGCUCGCAGCAAAGUGGAACUGGAGAAAGAUCGAUUGCUCACUGCUGCCAAUCGGUCGGUGUCGUCGAGCCCAGCUCUGGGAGUGGCUCGAUCUCCGGGAGGUCCCCUAACCCCUCUCACGCCCACCUCUGCACCCCUGUCUCAGAAUAAAGACCGGAUUCGCCUCGAAGCCCUCAAGGUCCCCUUCAUCCACCUGCUCGCUAUUCGCGCCGUGUCCGCCCAGUUCCUGGCGCGCCAGACCCGUUCCUCCCUCGAAGACUGCGAGACCCUGGCCCGGAAAUAUGGCCUGGAGAACCGAAUCAACCCGGAGAAGUACGACCUUAGAGAUAAAUCCUACAAAGAUCUCGACGUCUGGAAGUUCCCGUACCUGUCUCAGGAAGACCGCCAGGAGGCAAUUGACAAUGCUAUCUCUGCAUUCGAUCGCAUGCGGAUCUCCCGCUCAGACAAGCUCUGGCAGAUGCUUUUGCCGAAAGAGGAACGGGGUAAGGGCAAGUGCCUUUCUCGGCUGGACUUGCGAACAGGCCCCAUCAAGAAGGCCCUGACCCCACGGAUCCAAGUGCAACCAUCCGAUGACAAUGGCAAAGACGGUUACAUGACCGGCCAAGAUACCGACAAAGGCAGUGCAUCUGGCCUCACCCCCAGGGCUGGGGAGCCUACAUCAGCUCCCAGGUCUGUGCCUACCGUGGCUAAGAAGCGGGCUGGUGAUAAGGAUACGCCGCUUAAGCGCCCGACUCCCAAAGUCAAGGCUGCAGCGAAUAGUACAUUGACUGGUCGCGUGACAAAGAAGGCUGAGCGGAAACCCGCCGGAAAACCGGAUACCAAGUUCAAAUCAGCGGAAUUCGUACACGAUUCUGAUGAGGAGGACACGGAUCUGCGCGAUGCCUCGUCCGCAGACAAGCCUCCGGCAGAGCCCACCAAACUUCAACCACAAACAAAGCCUGCCAGUAAACCGGUCGAGACAGCUUCGAACAGGGAAUCAUCACACGUGCCGACACCCAAGGUGGAACAGCUGGACCCUAUGAUCAAAGCCGAAUCUUCUCCUCAACUUUCUAGCAAACCUCCUGCUGCGAAGAGACCCCCUUCUGCGCGACCGCCUGCCCUAAAGUCCCCUGUGAAACCGUCGCCGCUUGGAUCGUCGCCCCCGACGAAUGCUUCUGAUGUCCCAAGCCGCAGCCGUUCAUCAAGCCAGAAUAAUUCGUCUAGUUCUUCCUCUUCUCCGCUCAUCACUCAAAUCUCCAAGCCAACCCGACCUCUCGCAGCGGCUGCCCCCACAAUUCGAAAAGUGACAAAGCCGAAUGGGGUGGCCAAGCCGUCUGAGCUUGCGAAUCCAUUAAAACGCAAGGCGGAAUUGGAUCGACCUUCAUCCCAUGUGCCAGGCCAGGGUCGGACUACGGGCGACUUGGAGCAUAAGAGGCGACGGGCAGUAAGCACUUCCAGUGGCAGUACUGGCAGUGCUUCGCCGCCGCUUAGUCGUGAACUGCUCAUGCAGCAGCUACACGAGAAGUCGCGGAAAUUCAAACAAUACUAUGCCAAGUACUACGCGCUUCACGAAUCAUUAGCGUCGCAAGCGAAACCGUCUCAGGUAGACAUAGACCGCCUUCAGAAGCAACACGUUCGGCUGCAAAGGAUGAAGAAGGAGAUCUGGGACGAAGACCGACGGUUAAGGGAUUGA